UAAACCGUGAAAAUUAAAAUUUGAGUCACGAAUUUUACUGUAACACCUCCUCUCUCUUCCUCCUCUAUCUUUAUUACAAUUUCAUCAACAUGAAAGUAUUUUUCUUAAUCUUUGCCGUGUGUAUCCUGUCAGUUUGUGCUGAUAAAAAGUCCAUUCGCAUCACUGGACGGAUGAUGUGUCGUGGACAACCAGCACAAUAUGUACAACUUCAAAUCCUAACAAAGAGGCUUUUCACUGGUAAUGCUAUCAUGGCUGAAAAUGUGUUCACUGAUCCAAAUGGUUACUUUGACAUUGCUGGAUACGUUGAUCAAUCUUCUGGUGUUCGAGGUCGUUUUUGGGUUUGGCAUGAAUGUUUUUCUCAAAAGUAUCAUAAGGAUCCGUGCAAAAAUUGGUUUGGGCUGAACAUUCCUGAUGAGUUCGUAACCGGCGCUGCAUUGCCCAGAGCUGUAUGGCCACUUGGAGAAGUUGAUUUAGAAGAUGAGCAGAAAAAAGAGUACUUGGAUAAAUGUAAAUGAAUAUUUUUUAUUGAAAUAAAUAAUUUGUUCCAUU